AUGAUGCAAGAAUCUGGAACUGAGACAAAAAGUAACGGUUCAGCCCUUCAGAAUGGAGCAAGCACUGUCAACUCCCUACUAGAUUGCACCCUACGCGAAGUAAGACCCAACGGAGAGACACCUUCGGUGGAAAUUAGUGCUGCGGAUUUUGCCCAUCUUCAGCAACAGCAGGCUCUCCAGGUAGCAAGACAACUUCUGUUACAGCAACAACAGCAGCAGCAACAACAGCAGCAGCAACAACAACACGUUAGUGGGCUAAAGUCUCCCAAGAGAAAUGACAAACAGCCAGCCCUUCAGGUUCCCGUGUCGGUGGCUAUGAUGACACCUCAAGUUAUCACUCCCCAGCAAAUGCAGCAGAUCCUCCAGCAGCAAGUGCUAACUCCACAGCAACUUCAGGUCCUGCUCCAACAGCAGCAGGCACUCAUGCUUCAACAGCAGCAGCUUCAAGAAUUUUAUAAGAAACAGCAGGAACAGUUGCAGCUUCAACUCCUACAGCAACAACAUGCUGGAAAACAACCUAAAGAGCCGCAGCAGCAACAGGUGACUUCACAACAGUUGGCCUUCCAGCAGCAGCUUCUGCAAAUGCAGCAACUGCAACAGCAACACCUCUUGUCUUUGCAACGUCAAGGUUUGCUAUCAAUUCAGCCGGGCCAGCCUGCUUUACCAUUGCAACCUCUUGCUCAAGGCAUGAUUCCAACUGAACUCCAGCAACUCUGGAAAGAAGUGACAGGAUCUCACACAGCAGAGGAAGCAACCAGCAACAAUCAUAGCAGCCUGGACCUGUCAACCACAUGUAUCUCCUCUUCAGCCUCUUCAAAGCCCUCCUUAAUAAUAAACCCACAUGCCUCAACCAAUGGACAGUUGUCAGUCCACACUCCUAAAAGGGAGAGUUUAUCCCAUGAAGAACCUUGUCAUAGCCAUCCGCUCUAUGGGCAUGGAGUAUGCAAAUGGCCGGGCUGCGAAACAGUAUGUGAAGACUUCCAGUCUUUUUUAAAACAUCUCAACAGUGAGCAUGCGCUGGAUGAUAGAAGUACAGCUCAGUGUAGAGUACAGAUGCAAGUUGUACAACAGUUAGAGUUGCAGCUUGCAAAAGACAAGGAACGCCUACAAGCAAUGAUGACACACCUGCAUGUGAAAUCAACUGAACCAAAAGCUACCCCUCAGCCUUUGAAUCUUGUCUCUAAUGUCACGCUUUCCAAGACUGCAUCAGAGGCUUCUCCACAGAGUUUACCUCAUACUCCCACCACCCCGACAGCACCCAUCACUCCUGUUACCCAGGGACCUUCUGUCAUCACUACUACCAGCAUGCACAACGUUGGACCCAUCCGAAGGCGGUACUCUGAUAAAUACAAUGUGCCCAUCUCCUCAGCAGAUAUUGCGCAGAACCAAGAAUUCUACAAGAAUGCAGAAGUUAGGCCGCCCUUUACAUAUGCAUCUUUAAUUAGGCAGGCAAUUCUUGAAUCUCCAGAAAAGCAGCUAACACUAAAUGAAAUCUACAACUGGUUCACACGUAUGUUUGCCUACUUCAGACGCAAUGCAGCAACGUGGAAGAAUGCAGUGCGUCAUAAUCUUAGCCUUCACAAGUGUUUUGUGCGAGUAGAAAAUGUUAAAGGGGCAGUAUGGACAGUGGAUGAAGUAGAGUUCCAAAAACGAAGGCCACAAAAGAUCAGUGGAAACCCUUCACUUAUUAAAAACAUGCAGACCAGCCACACCUACUGCUCACCUCUCAGUGCUGCUUUACAGGCUUCAAUAGCUGAAAACAAUAUAUCUCUAUACACUACUGCUUCCAUGGGAAACCCCACUCUGGGCAGUUUAGCCAAUGCAAUGCGGGAAGAUCUUAAUGGUGCAAUGGAGCAUGCGAACAGCAAUGGGAGCGACAGCAGUCCAGGCCGUUCACCUAUGCAAGCAAUACACCCUGUGCAUGUCAAAGAAGAGCCAUUAGAUCCAGAUGAAAAUGAAGGCCCACUCUCCUUAGUCACCACAGCCAACCACAGUCCAGAAUUUGAUCACGACAGAGAUUAUGAAGAUGAACAUGUAAAUGAAGACAUUGAAUAAAAAUGUCUGUGACUUUUCAUUCUGCAAAUGAAGAUCCUGGGGAGGGACAAAAAAAAUAACCGUAUCUUUCAGAAUUAGCUGUGAAAUCUCUCCCCGCCAUUGUACAGUCUGGAAGAUAACACUUGGUCCAUUCUGACAGCUAUAAAAUAUGUUAACACUUAGUGCCAUCAAGUAUCCCAUUUGGGAGUAUUUUUGAUUUUUCUACUUUUUGUUGAAAAACAAAACAAAGGAAUUUGUACUCUGUGCAUUGGAUGGACUUGUUUGGUACUCGGAAUUCCUACUCACAGUCAACAUCAGUGUUGUAAAUGUGUUCCACUAAUUCCCUUAUCCACAACUUGGCAGCAGACUUUGGACUGCAGAUCUUCCACUAUGGGACACUGAAGACAUGAAGCUGAGCAUGUACACAUCAAUUGCAGAUCAAGCCUUUACCCAGAUUUUAAGAAUUUCAGUGGACAAUAUAUUUGCACAGUAUCGCAUGUUGAUUAUCACUGCCUUUACUUUUUUUUGUUUUUGUUUUUGCUUCCAUUUGGGAUGGGGAAAUCUUUUUGAGUGUGCGUGUGUGUGUAUACUAAAGGGUUAAAAGAAAAAAAACCUUUUUUUUAGUGUAUAGCUUUAAUUUUUGUUUCUCCUAGUUCUCCUAUACAUUUUUAAGUUCUGACCUCAGGCCUCAAUUGGCCAGGGCCUUUUGAGGCUUAAUGUUUUCUGUACUUUUGUGAUGAAUGUUAAUAGGUGUGUUUAUUAUACAAAGCUGAAUGUUCUUUGAAUUGUUUGUAGUUCUUUUUCUGCCAUCCAUUCCAAAUUUCCUUCAGAUGCCAUUAUGUUUUCUUUAGCUAUGGAAAACAUUCCAUUUUGGACUAUAUGCCCCCCCCCCUACACACACACAUACACCCGGCUCUGGGAAAAGUUCUAAAAUGCUGCUGUGACCUGUGCAAAAUUAUCUUAUGACAGAAAGAAAGGCAGUAAUUCAAGAGUGAGAAUGAAAGGCAAGCCAGCAUCAAAGCUGUAGAGUGUGAUUCUAAAGUCAUUCCACAGACUGUCUAUGUUUGUGUGUGCUUGUGUAUACACAUGCACAUAAAACCAUUGUUUGUGGGGGUUUUCCCUGUUGGUUUUUCCUUAUAUGCAGCAAUUGUGAAUAUUUAGAGAAACAGCCCCUUCAAAAGUGCACACACCCUACAGAAGUUGUGAAAAAGAAGUGUAACUGUGUAAGGCUUUUGUGCGUUUAACUUUUUUAAAAUAGGUUCCUGGGCUGAUCAAAUAUUUCUGAAGUAUGUUAACACAUGUACUAUUAGAUUCUUGUUUGCCCACAUGCCUCAUUGGACAUUAUUCAUGGUGGUUCUUCCAAGUUAAGUUGUUUGAGAUUUAAUUGGUGGCAUCCAUCAGUUUAAGUUGUUGCAUUUAAUUCGUUGGGAAGGCAAUAAGGUCCAUUAGUUGUUAAGUGUUAGUAAUUUUGCCAUUGCAGAUAAGAUCAUUACACAAUAUCACACCAACCAGUAUAAAAAACAAACAGUCUGAAAUCUGUGGGUAAACCAGAUGCGCUGUUUCACAUCAACAGUCUUCAACAGCAAGAGUGGGCAGACAGCUGCGGUUCAAAUGUUGGUACCCCUUGACCACCAAACUCCUAGUGACUUCAUUCUCUAACCACUUUUCAAGUAAUUCACUCAUUUAUGUCGGACUAUAGCUUUUAAUUUCAGAAGUCUUUCUGAUCUUAAUUUAUAUUCUACUUUGUACCCUUCUCCCCUAAAGUUACCAAAGAUAUUACACAAAGUAAAUUAUGUUCUCUGUUAUAUGCUUUAUCUUAUGAAAGCCAAAUAUCCUCUUAUUGUUGAUCAAAGGAGGCUAAAGAAUUACGAAGCAAAUGACAAAAUAAUGGGCUACAGCUAACCUGAGAAGGAAAACUGCUCCUUUAUUAAAGUAUAAUUUAGAAGACCAAGUAGAUGGCUGAACCAAAGUUUUUGCUGUUGUCGUUUUGUUUUGUUUUUUCUUUACAGUAACCAAAAGUAUUUCUGUAAAGAGAGAGCUUUUUAGGCUGAAGUUAGAGAAUGAGACCUUGAAAAGGGCACCAUUUGAUAUUGAGGAUAUAGGAGGAGAACUUACGCAAAAAAACUAGAAUGACUUGAAACUGAGAGAGUUUACAUGAAAUACGAAAGAGCACUCGUGACUGAAACUGAACCAUACCAUAAUUACUGAAGAAAUUGUUGGUAUGCUUUUAUUUGGGGUUUGACCUAUUCACUUUUGCUAAAAGCCAAUGCCAAGGCAAUUUCUUUUUAACUUUGCUUACCUGUGCCCAAGAUUUGAGAAUGACUGUGAUGAUGGUUGUGUUGGUCUCUGCCCAUCCCAUUUCAUUUUGGGUUUUCAUCUUUUUUUAAUAUGGUAACAUCCCUAUUUCUUUCUAAACUUUGGUAUCAUUCAGGCCAAUGGGGGAGAUUUGUCAUUAAGUUCAAAAUAGCAAAUUGUUUUUAGCUUUUUUUUUUUUUUUUUGCCAACAGUGAAAUAUGUAAAGCUCGCUUUCCCCCCCGAAUUCUUUUUUUAAAGGAGGGCAGCCUGUAAGUCAUUUGAAAUGUUUUGAAACACACCAUAUUCAGGCAGCUCCAUAAUGUGCAGGCCAUAACCAGAGGGACAUAACAAAAAAUACCUGUCCCUGUGGUUCAAAACUGAGUGGUUUUGCUGGUUAGCUUGGUAUUCAGAAAGGGGAUAAAAAUCUGGUAGAUUAGUUCAUUCUCAGCAUGUGUAGCUAGACAUGAGUAAAGAUAACAGCAUGAGAAACUGUUAGUACGCAUACCUCAGUUCAAACUGUUAGGGAAUGAGUAAAAAAAAAUUACAUUUCACUCAAUUGCACUUAGUUGUAUGUCUUGCAUGCAUAGACUAAAGACUGUAGCAAAAUUUUAAAAAAAGAAAAGAAAUUUUUUUUUAGGAAAAAAAAAAACCUACCAUACCUUGCAGGUAUCACUGCCCUGCAUAAGAACCAAGAGGAGAUCUCAGGCUUUACAUCAAGGAAACUACACUAUUUUUUACAAAUUUCUGAUUCUGUGUCCCUUUGGAUCAUAACAAUGGUUCCUCAGGGCUCGGGUUUAUUAUGUUGUACAUAUAUAGCCCAAUGUGUCUCUUGUGAACCCGUUUUGUCUUUUGGUGGGUGGGGGUGGGUUGGCAAGGGGAGACAAGAAAAGGGGGGGAAGACGGUCCUCUUUUUUUUUUAAUAAAAAAAACAUUCCUCCAAAGGAAUUAAUGCAGAUGUUUGUCAAAACACCUUUUGCUUUUUGUGCAACUGCUUUAUAUUAACCGUACUUUUGACAAAUGCUUUGGGGGAAAAAAAACCUACUGUAUGUAAUGGAAUUGCGGAAUAUGCUGCACAUGUAUUUCAUUUAGUUACCCUUGCUUUAAGACUGUGGGAUGCCAUUUGCUGACAUGUGGGAGAAAAAUCCCAAUUUCCUUGUUUUUAUUUGGUAAUUCCCCCCCCCCCUUGUUGGCUUCUGAACUGUAACAUAGUAGGCAGUUUUUUUCCCCUCCCUCUGUUACAGAUCAAAUCAUGUUUGUAUAAGUUUGUUUCUGAGAUUUUGUUUUUUGAUAUAUAUAUAUUUUUUGUUGUUUUUUUGUUUUUGUUCUCAUGCUAGUUGUUCUUUAAAUCCUUUCUCCACCUUUUGUUAUUCCCAUCUCUGCCUAUCUGGGUGUCCUUAAACAAAGAAGAAAAAGAGAGUUUCAAAAGUUGUUUCUUUCCUGCUGCAGUAAAUACUUUGCAUGAUGAUUUUCCCAGGUCACACUUUCGAAGCUUAUCAGUGAAGUAGUGAUUAAUAAUGGAAAAGUGUCAAAAUAUCUGAACUUUUGUAUAAAAUGAAAUACUUUACAAGGUGCCAAGAUGUAAAGACAGUUUGUUACAUGG